AUGUCGUCCCCAGACAAGCCCAAAAAGAGGGCAAGGGUAUCCACCGCGAAAGAACUACCUAGCUUGCAUACUGCCCACCGAAUUAAAGAAGCUGGCAAAGAAACUCACCUUCGGGCAGCCAAGACGAGAGCGGCAUACUCGGGACAUGUCCACCGAGUGCGCUCGUGGCUGCAGAGCCAUUUUCCAGAGGAGGGGACACCACCGACUCCAAAUCACACCGGAGAGGACUCUGAAAUCUACAGUGAUCCAAAUUUUAAGAACGCGUUUGAGCGCGUGCCAAAUAGGUGCUCAGAUAAAGCAUUAGCCCUUUACCUUUCAUGGAGAGGGUUCCAAGAAAAUAGCAGCCAAAGCACCAUUGACGGUGUUCGAGCGGGAUUCAAGAUGUUUGAUGGUGCGACGUUCCGCGGGAAGUGGCAUCACAAUGAUGCCCAUCACCGAUGGGAAGGCAACCCAGUCCUGUCGGCAGAAGUUGACGACGUCAUGGCAUCUAUCAGACACAAGGUUAGUUCCGAAGGAGCUGAACGGAAGCACUCGGGUGCCAUGAAGAAGGAAUACAUGGAUAAGAUACUUGCCUGGUCAGAAUCAUUUUGUCCACUUGACGCCCCACUCCAAUACAUUCGUCUUGCGACGAUAGGCUACAAAGCGCUGCCAUCGGGCGAGUCCUUGAAUGGGAAAGUGAAGCUAACGGUCACACGGCACCUCGAACACCUUGCCUUUAGCGCUGUCGCAUUUACGCUUUGGACGAGAAAGUUAGAUAAGGGGAUGAGGGAAGCUGACCUACGAAGUUUGUCUUUAUAUCCAUCUGUGCAUAUCCCAUUUUAUCUGAUCUCCUUUCGUUGGUACUUACCAGGCAAUCGCUACAAGAUUUAUCCACGCCUGGAUAUGGGCAAGGCGUGUGACACCCUCCUGCGCCUCGUGUCCUGGAUGAAAUGGGUCGAACUUGUCCAUCUCGGCCGGCCGAUGACUGAAGAGGAUUUCCUUUUCCCCGCGAUUGGCACAAAUGGCGUGCUGCAACCGGGUGAGCCGCUUUCCCAUGACACAAUCCAAAAAUGGAUCGACGAGGCAGUGGUGGGGUCCGGAAUUCCCGGAACGUUCACAACGCAUUGCUACCGUCAUGGUGGAGUGCAAUACCGCUUCAUGUUUGCGCCAGUGGGGCAGCGAUGGACCCUUGCGCGGGUCCGGUGGUGGGGGGGAUGGGCUGAAGGUGAGCAUCGCGACACACUGAUGCGCUACCUCCUCGACGAGUUGAAUUGCUACAAAAACGACCACAGCGACGCGCUGCAACCAGUCCCGCGCGAAGGUGAUCGUUCACUCGCAGGCGAAGCUGCGCUCAUCCGGCCAGCAUCCACCAAGGCACUCAACAUGGCACAUGCAUCGAUAACAGCCGACAUGGCAGCGCUACACACGACUGUGAAGGAAGUGAAGGAAACCUCGUGCUCACUUUCAGUAGAUGUAAGGGAGAUCUGCCAACAGCUCAGCGACAUGAGCAACCUGGUCAUAAAGGCCCUAACCUUGGCCUCUGCAUAUUCAGCCCCUUCUGGACCUGUGCUGCGCCAGGGCACUACCGGCAGUAACACUCGAGCGAUGCCAAUAACAGCCUACCAACAUUCACCUGCGCAGACCACAACGUCGUCGCCCCCAGUGAUCCAGUCCACUUCCAUGCCAACAGCGGCCCACCGGCGUUCACUUGCGCAGACCACGGCUUUGUUGCCCCCAGCGAUCCAGUCCGCUUCCAUGCCAGCAGCCCAGCCAUACCUACCUACGCUCAAUUUACAACCGACUCAAACGCAGUUCAGGAUGCCGCAAGUUGUCCAACCGUCAGAUCUUUCGCCCUCAACGUCCCUCCCUUCGCAGAUCGGACCCCAGAGGACCAAGGCCCGUGCCUCUACCUCCCUUCUGGGAGUUGUCAUCCCGGACGUGCCCGUUUUGCGUCCCGAUGGGACACGGACCGCAAAGUCGGACUCUUGGAGGGACAUAGUACGCCACUGGACGGAGGGGGAGCCACGGCUUGACCUGCACAUUCCGCUCAAGGACUGGCCUUAUCACUACUACAAUGGGAAGAGCGGCCGUCAAUUCAAUACGAAGUACUCUCAGCGACGCGUCAUUGCGACGGAAUUCCUUGACGAAUUCCAGGGAGACGAGGAAACCUUCCUCAAGGUCUAUGGAAGUGCCGUCGGUCAAGGACACACGAAACUCCUCAAAGCGAUCUUGGCCGCCCACAAACGGUAUUGUGGAGCUGGGGAGCGCCAUCGUCGCCUCACAAGUGAAGAAGUCUGCAACGAUUCUUCUUCGGGCGUCAGCGAGCAGCACUGAUGCAUAUCACACCAAGGUCGUCGUUCCACCAUUGCCAUCCUGUUCUUUUUUUCUUCUUUUGUUUUCUUUCUCUUAAUACAUCUAUCACUCACUUGUCGAUACUAUCACCCCAGCAUCACCCGAGCUCGUGAUGUACUACAUCACUAGUCGCAUACUCGUACAUGUGCAGUAGCCUAUGACUUGUCAUACGUACGCAACGCACAACACAAACAUCGUUAAUCGCAAGCAUCAUUCGUCCACCCAUCAUAUCCUGAGCGUGCGCGUGCGCACGCAAUACCAUUAUGUGUUUGUUCUACCUAACUCACACGUCCGUUCGAGAGUAGUCCUACACCGCCGUACAUAACUG